UCGAGUCGAUUUCAGACGCUCUGAUCCGCAGAUCACCUGACUCAAAAGUUGUGCAUUUGCUGCAGUAGUCUCGUGACUUUAGACUUACCCGUUACAACCAGCAAUGACUAGUCACAGCCAAGGCGUUCAGCAGCUGCUAGCUGCAGAAAAAAGGGCCUCUGAGAAAGUAUCCGAGGCGAAGAAACGCAAGGCAAGGCGUCUGAAGGCUGCAAAAGAUGAAGCUCAAGCUGAAAUCAACAAAUUCAAAGCAGAAAAGGAACGUCAGUUCAAGGAAUACGAAGCUGCACAUAUGGGUUCGAAGGACGACAUAGCGGCGAAGAUUGAAGCAGAGACCAAAGAGAAGCUACAUGAGAUGCACCUACUAGUUGGAGAACACAAGGACGCGGUCAUCAGUAAACUCCUGGAGUUUUCAUACGAUGUCAAACCACAGGUACACCAAAACUUCCGAGUGCUGUAAUUUGGAGGUUGCUUUGAAGGGGGGGGGCAUUGAGAUUGUGCUCUAGGUGAUACUUGCCACGUAAAUCUGCGUAAGUAAUUGUGUUACUUGACAGAUAUUAUCGUAUUAGCUCUAGACCACGAGCAGUUGUCAUGUUGUCGAGGUGUUUGGAAACGUCAUAUUUGUUACCGUGUUAUUCUCUCUGUGUAUGUAAACUUGUAGGUCCUUCAGCACGGCGUUUCCUGCCGUCCUAAAAUGGCAUAGCGUAAAGUAUCUUCUAAUUUAUAAAGCGCCUCUUUUGUGCUAACUGUUUCAAGCAUGUGCGGAUCACUCUUGAUGGAUUCUUUGUAAGGAAUUUCCGUCGGUGAUGCAGUUUAGCGUUUGAUCAAAUAAGCAAAUAUAUGCAUUCCAUAACAUAAAAUAUAUAUGUACAGAAUUUCUGUAAACUGGAAUAAACGGAAAUAAAUCGCUAAAAUAUGAAGCGCUUUA